GGAAGGCCAUUUCGUUGGCAUUUUCCUGCACGAACAUCGACACUUAGGUUAUGUCGAGGCAUUCAAACCAUUUCCCGGCCACCACUGGGCAUUUGAAGGUCGACAAUGUUUGAUAACAAACCGACACGACUCGACGAUUAAACGAAUUUAGAACGGGCUUGGUGUGGGGCGAGGAUGUGUCCAAAAUGAGAAUUCCAGGAAGCGGGGGGUUAAUUUUGGCCCGAGACACACCAAUCGCCAACAAAGGGCUCCGGUUUAGGCAACGUGCGAAACAUUGUGACAAAAAUUACAAGCACAUUUAAAACUACCAAUCACGAGUCAAGCCUCGGCCACGUGGCCCUAAAUCAUUCAUCUUAAAUAUAAAUUUUGGUUAUGCCUUUUCGAUUUUUGUAAAAAUUGUAGUUCGAAUAAGUGGUAGGUCUAACGCGCAAAAGUCGGCCUACUGCGUGCUCCCCAAUAUGUCCGCUUGUCAAAUCAAAUCACACUCGAGAGGAGUGUGCGUCAUUUUUGGGAGAAUGCCUCAACAGAUGUAAUUUUUCCGAGACAUUUUCACUCCUGGCAUCGAUAAAAUGACUAUAAUCGUGUUUUUGAUCGACACUUCGGCGUCAAUGUUGCAAAGGACGUACAUAGGUGGCCGUACUACACUUCUCGACGUCGCAAAAUCGGCCGUUGAAACUUUUGUAAAAAUAAGACAGCGGAGUAUGGAUAGUCGGAUUGACCGGUACAUGCUGUUAACAUUCGAGGAAACUCCAAACAAUAUUAAAGCAGGUUGGAAGGAAAAUCUCGCGACUUUCAUGAACGAAUUGAAAAACUUGCAAUGCUACUCGAUGACCACAAUGGGAGUUGCUGUUAAACAAGCCUUCGAUAUAUUAAACAUCAAUAGGAUGACCUCCGGGAUAGAUACUUACGGCCAAGGCCGGUGCCCCUUUUUCCUUGAAACUUCAGUCAUAGUCCUCAUAACCGACGGAGGUAAACUCACGACCAUCAACGGGGUGCACGAAGAGUUCAACUUGCCUAUGCACUCGCCCGUACCUGGGUCGGAAUUAACUCGCGAGCCCUUCAGGUGGGACCAACGCCUCUUUGCGCUGGUUUUACGCCUCACGGGGACUCCAGCCAUCGAACGGGACACCGGACUCGUCCCGAGCGACUCCAGCCCGAUCGAUGCCAUGUGCGAAGUGACCGGAGGGCGCUCCUACUGCAUCACUUCGCACCGUAUGCUCAAUCAAUGCAUUGACAGUCUCGUCCAGAAGGUCCAAAACGGGGUUGUGAUCAACUUCGAGAAAAUAGGGCCCGAUCCGCCACCCCCCGUCAUGGAGAAAAGCGAAGAUGGGAAGGAGGAGCCCAAAGAUUCGGAGUUUGACGAUCGGAUGAACCCCCCGAUUUUAUCAACGAAUUGGCACAACUGUAGAAAAAUGAUUUAUGUUCCCAAGUCGAGUAAAUCGUACUGUGUGGGGUUUUGGCCCAUUCCCGAGUCGUUUUGGCCUGAAGUCACCGCUUCGGUCUUGCCUGCACGCUCGGCCCACCCUAAUAUCAAAUUCACUUGCACCAAUUCAGAGCCUCUUGUUAUCGAAAAUCUUCCCUUUGAUAAGUACGAGCUUGAGCCUUCGCCUUUGACCCAAUACGUCUUGUCAAGGAAACAACCCAAGACUUGUUGGCAAGUCUUUGUGGCCAAUAGUUACAAAAAUUCGGAAGUGGGACACCCUUUCGGGUAUUUGAAAGCCAGUACAAAUCUCAAUUGUGUUAAUCUUUUUGUCAUGCCGUACAAUUAUCCCGUUUUGUUGCCACUUUUGGACGAAUUGGCGAAAAUUCAUAGAUGGAAACCGACGAAUGAAUGGCGGACUCAGUUUCAGAAUUAUUUAAGAACGCUUCCAGCCUACUACGCGGGUCCUUUGAGACGUGCCUUGACACGUAUGGGGACACCUCUAGCUCUAGCCCAGACUCUCAUCCCGGAAAAUUCCGAAAACUUGAGUUAUUCCGUCUCGAAUUACCUCAAACGGCUCAAAAAUCAAGCCAAGGUUGAGUAUGACAAGCUUUGUAGCGAAAUCACCUUGAGACAAAACGCCCAAAUGAACAUGAAGCAAAAUUCAGAGCAGAUUAGGGUUCUGCCAAAAGUGACCCUGAAAAAAGAACUGAUCAGUCACCCCCUCCUCAUGGACAAGUUCAACGCCCACCGUAACCAACUCCUCGACCAGACGAAUCCUUUCCAUGUGACUCUCGACAAAGAGCGCCAAAAUGUCAGUUUUAAGAAUCCCUUUGAUAUACCUCGUAACCGUCUCGUUCAACAAGUCGUCCGAAUGCGUAACAAUUUCCUACAACCUGAUUGGAUCUCCCUGGAUCAGGACAGUGCUCAUUCGUUGCCCAUAUCCCAAAUGGGCAACUACCAGGAAUAUCUUAAACGUCAAACGCCUCAAUUGCGCGAGAUUGAGUCGGCCCCAGUCCGGCAACACAUGUUCGGAAAUCCGUUUAAAAUCGACAAGAGGAUGAUGGUGGACGAGGCCGAUAUCGAUUUAGUGGCGUCACCUGGUGCUAACCGGAAUAACAAACGACCGAUUCCGAAUACAGAUAUUGGGGGUCGGUUGCCGCUCAAACGCAAACCGGGGCCUUUGCCAAAGAAUUUCUCGAUUCGGAGACCGAGUGGAGGGGUGACGCCGCCGAUGAGUCCCGUCCCGAUGGCCCCCUCGCCAGUGCCAUGGACUAGCGUAAUUGAAAAGGAUUUGCCGUCUUUUGACGAACGCCCAACUUUGGUCACCGUCAACGGCCUUGAUAGCCCCUCUUCCAGCGAAAGGUCGCGCUCGCCGUCCCCCACCUUGGACAUGCCGUCCUAUAGCGUGAAUGAAGUGAAUUACGCGCGAAACUCGAACCCUUACAAUUACACGAAUUCAGGUGCCUUAGAUACGGUCACUACGAACUCGUUGAACGAUUUUUAUCCCAGUGUUUGUGACGAUAAACAGAGUAUUUCGCAGAUUUUGAAAGAGGCGAAUAGUGUGAGUGUCGCGAAUAGUCAACCUGACGUCAAACCCAAAAUUACGGCCGAGGAUCUCCAAGAAAUCGAAAAUCAGAAUAAUGAAAUCCGCAAACACUUGCAUAAACUAGUACGCAGACCUGGUAAAAAUUUCACUGAACUUUUUGAUAACAUAAAAACGCUAAAAGGCAAUAUUGAAAUUCAAGUCAAAAUGGUAGAACUGAUUAUAAAAGAAUCGUUAAGGUUUAAAAGACAGCAUUUGGCGCAUUUGUUAGAAGAGUACAUCCAGAAUUUGUUGACUUGUGAAAAUAAGUAAGUUGUUAUGUAUAUAUUUCUUUUUGGAAUUAAUUAAUGUUGAAUUAUUUAUUGAAUCGAUUCCUUCAGUUAUUACGAAACGAAAAUCCUAUUUUCUUGUAAAGUUAUGAGAUUUUUAUAAGAAUUAAAUGUAAUUUUUUA